AUGUCCCAAAAGCUCGCCGCCUCACUCGCCAACUUCUCCCCUACCUCCCUAGCCGCCGCCGCUGCCCAAUAUCGUCAGCCCGCACCGCCGCCCGCGCUGCCCGUCCUGCAGCUGCUCGGGCGGCAUCAGGACCCCACGUUCGAGAAGGGGAAGGAGGGCAUCAAUGUCCCGUGGAAUGACAACCACACGAGUAUCGGUACGGGGGACUUUUUGCCUGGCGACAAGUGUCCGUUGAGGAUACGAUGGAGCGCGAUGGAUGAUCAUCUGGAGGUGCGGUGCGGGACGAUGGAUGAGAAUGAUCUGGAGGGGUUUGUGGCGGAUAUGGCGAUUGUGAUGCGGAGGGAGUUUGAUUGUUGGGUAGAGCAGUGCUGGACCGAGGCAUUCCAUUACCUCUUCACACGGACACUACCCACCCUGAUCAUCCACCUCAUCCUCACCGGUGCGACACCCCAAUUCCUCCGCCGCAGCAUCGUACACGGCGGAUGGCCCCUCGACACCCUCUUCCAGACCCAAAUGCUCGAUCUCCUCUACACCGAGCUCGAGCUCCGCCUCUCCGGCGCCCGUCCCCCAGAACCCACAACAACCAAACCGUCCGGCCCCUCCGCCGCGUCCAUCCCAGGCCUGAACGGCCCCGCCCCUGUCCAACCCAUCAACCCCCUUCCUACGCGGGACGGCAUCUGCUUUCACAACGUCUCGUACGAGCACGGCUACGAUCUCGAGGAGGACGACCACUGCGCGUGCUUGUGCCAGCUCACAAGCUGUCUGCGGUGUUUCGAGAUAUCGGCGAUGCAGCGGAAAGGACCCACUUCGUUAUUGCCAUACGAGCUAAGGGAGACUAUUACCGCGGAAGGGUGGUCGGGCGGUGUAGAAGCCGCCGAUCAGGCGAGAAUACGGACCGACGGAUUGAGGCCCGCGUCUAUUCGUCAGUCGGCCAUACCAACGGGGAAGGGAUUUGUACGGAAUCCAAAGGCCAGCCCGCCCGAGACGGCCAAUCCAUACAAGGCCGGACCGCCCCUCUUCCCCCAUCCCCAAAUGACCGACGUCCUUGCGGUGGAGGAACAUCUCCGCUGGCGCCUGAAAGAGCUGGGAGCGCACGAUCCGGCGGUCGAAGGGCGGUAUGGGCCAAGUAAGAAUGAUCCGGCGGCGCUAGAUGGGGUGGAAUUGCCAGAAGAGUCGGAGGAUGGGGAUUCGCAGGCUGGUGCAGGCAAGAAGGCGGGUGGGCCCAAGAUGGUCAAGAUUACGAGGGGGAAGGGGAAGGUACGGAGAGUCGUGAAUGGGAAGAAGGAUGAUGGGAAGAAGGGUAAAGCAGGAGGAGCGGGGACAGGGGCGGUGUGUUAUCUGCCGAAAGAGUGGGCGGAGGAGGAUCCACAGGUUCGGAAUAUGGCCGUCGUUUUGACGUUUAGGCAUUUCGUCAAGCUUUUGCAUCAAAUAGCAACCUCUGUAACACCCUUCUCAUACCCUUCCUACUCGCGCGAUGUUGAAGAGCUCGAGCGCGUACAUCCCAUCGCCCUGUAUCGACGUCUGGCGGAACCAGCUGUACCACGGCGAAAGGACGCUCGGAUGUCCAGAGCCUGGGUGGAGUGUAUGGAGCGGUGGGGCGAAGAAUUAGGCGCGAGGGAGAAGACUAGAGGCAACAUGCUAGUCAACGACAACCGCCACGCCGAAGCCGUCGAAUACUACACCCGCGCCCUCUCCCUCGACCCCAAAAAGACCGUCUACCUCUCAAACCGCGCCGUCGCACUCAACACUCUGGGAUACCACCAGCAAGCCGAAGUGGACUGUAAUCUUAUCCUGGCCAAAGACGGCAAGAAUGGGAAAGCAUUCUAUCAGCGGGCACUGGCGCGGAGGGGUCAGGGGCGGGUGAGGGAGGCGGAGGUGGAUCUGAGAGAGGUGUUGCGGUAUCAGCCGAAUAAUGAUAGUGCGAAGAGGUUGAUGGGGGUCGUCAAAGGGGAGGUGGCCAAGUUGCCCAAGAUGAGUGCGAAGGAGGCUUUGGAGUUUUAG